ACAACCUACCGGGGACCGGUUCUAAGUGCUGCGCUAGACGUUAUUCUUAAACCAACACACUAACAGAACGGCGGCGCAUCAUUGGGAACGCUGUAAAUAUUAUCGUACCGGGCAGUGAACGAGAACUGCCUAGCGGUAGAUAUAGAAGUUUGCAGCGACAAUAACAACAGCUUAAUUGUCGUCGUCUCGUUGCACGGGAACGCGCGAUUAGGCAACCACGUAGCGUAGUGAAACGGGAGUAGAAGAUCAAGCGAUAGUUACAGGAGGGGGAAUGCACGGGAAAGCGCGUCAAGUAAGCAUGAAACCUGUUUCGUUUUAGUUGCAACCUGUAUUCCAGGCCAGUUAAACGUUGAUCCGUACCUCCUUUCGGUUGGUAGUGGUAGUGCAGCAGCGAACAUGGCCGGCGGUAACAACACCGUUCGGUCGAAAGUGAAAGGAAAAAGUGAGGAUAAUUCGCACCGUAAAAUUCCACCCCGUGAGGAUGCACCUAACCUUCAUCAGCUUGAAGCUCAGCACGGUAUACUGGGUAUUGUGUUGCUUUUGUUUUGUGGUACCGUUUCGAGCUAUCUGUGCACUUACCUACCGGAAGCACUGACGACAGCCGACCUGAGUCGUCAUCCGACCGCUUUUAUUGCCGAGCGAGCUUGGGACAAUCUGCAAGUUCUGAACGAUUUUGGCCCUAAGCCGACUGGCUCGCAAGCGAACGAACUUGGUGCUGCUGACUAUAUCCGGCGCGAGGUGGAAAAGAUAAAAGCUACCGCACACGCAGCACAGCUAGUGGAGACAUCCCAUCAGAUCAUUUCCGGUGCAUAUCCUAUCGCUUUUCUGGGCAAUCCGCUCACAAGUGUUUACCGGAACGCACAGAAUCUUGUCGUGAGAUUGGCAGGGCAAGAAAACGAUGGUGGAGCAUUGAUGUUGAACUGCCAUUACGAUACGGUGGCCAGCAGUCCCGGUGCAAGCGAUGACGGUGGUAGCUGUGCGGACAUGCUGGAGAUCUUGCGCGUAUUGUCACGCGCCCCAGAACGGAACCGUCACGCGAUCGUGUUCCUGUUCAACGGCGCCGAGGAGACACCACUACAGGCAGCGCACGGAUUUGUCAGUCAGCACCCAUGGGCAGGGGAAGUGCGGGCCUUUCUCAACCUCGAGUCCGCCGGUUCCGGUGGUAAGGAGCAACUCUUCCAAGCCGGUCCACAGCAUCCAUGGUUAAUAGAGGCUUAUGGCCGAGCCGUUCGGCACCCGGCGGCUCAAACAGUUUCGGAAGAAAUUUUCCAGUCUGGGAUAAUACCGUCCGAUACGGAUUUUCGCAUCUUUCGAGACUUUGGUAACGUGCCGGGAAUGGACUUUGCGCACACGAUCAAUGGCUAUCGGUAUCAUACGCGUUUCGAUACCAUCGACUAUCUGACACUGCCGGUAUUGCAACGUACAGGCGACAACAUCUUAGCUCUGACGCGCGAACUGGCCAAUGGUGACGAGUUGAGUCAAGCCGCCAGUGACACAAGCCUGUCCGAGGGUUACAGUGUGUUCUUCGACGUGCUGGGUUUGUUUUUCGUGCACUACAGCGUUAGUACAGGUCGAAUCAUUAAUGUGACGAUUGCGGUAUUGUCGUUGCUUCUACCACUGAUGGAACUCUGCCGACCGGUUCGUCGUGUUGGUGAACGAAGCAUCAUUAAACAAACUUUGGUUGGAUUGGUGGGUACGGUUUGCGGGACAGCAGCAAGUCUCGCCACGGUAUUGAUCAUUGCCAACCGGUUGGAUGCAGCUGGACGGGCCAUGUCGUGGUUCUCAACACCAUAUCUUAUUCUCGGACUGUAUGGAUGUCCCGUUAUCCUAGCGCACUGUUUCGCCCAUCGUCUCUGCAAUCAUUGGUUCAGUGAUAAGAAGUCGGCGCUAAACCUCACGCAAACAGUUCGUUCUCGACUUGUCGGAGUGAACCUAUUCUGGACGUUGCUGAUCAUUCCUCUCACUUUCGCCAACAUCCGUAGCGCGUACAUCUUCGUAGUAAUUCAACUGCUCUCGCUAUUGUCCACCAUUCUUACCUCGGUCCUUGGCUAUCAGCAUCAGCCACGGCGCUGGCUUGCCCUACAUCUGGCAUUCCAGAUACCCGCUCUGCUUUGGGCGACCAAAUUUUAUCAUCUCCUGUUAAAACUGUUCAUUCCCAUCACGGGCCGUAUGGGUGCCGGUACAAACCCGGAGUAUCUAGUCGCUUUGCUGGUGGCUUGCGGUGGCCUCCUGUGUAUCAGCUAUCUCGCUCCUUUGGUUGGAUUGCUUAAGCAAACUUCCGAGCUGACCGCGCGUUUGACCGUAUUUGCUCUGAUUGCCUUCCUGCUGGGAUGCUGCACGCAGGUCGGCUUCCCGUACCGAGACGAAAGCAAUGGAGAACCUUCGGUACAGAGGCACUAUGUUACCCAUACACUUCAAGUGGCGCACAGAAAUGCUGGAACUGUACUGCAAAACUCUGGAUUUUUGCUUCGUGAAAUGGACAGAAAUGCUGCGCGUGUGAUUCGUGGAAUUGCCAAACCAUCCGAGGCAGUUCCGAUGCGGCAAAUGGAAACCUGCCAUACGAUGCUCUUCUGCGGUAUACCGUUCUAUUCUAUCUGGCAUCAGAUUCGGUUCGAUAAUUACUGGGUAGAAGGUCCACCACCUGCGCUAGAAAAACACACCUUACCAACAUUUGAGUUGGUUGCUAUGAAACAGCAAUCCAUCACUACUCGACAAUACAGUUUUAGUAUUACUCACCGGUAUCAGAACUGCGUUCAGUCAGCGCUAAUAAUUGCUCCCAAAGCUGGUGUCCGGCUGGUGGCAUGGAGCCUCAUGGAGUCCGUACCGGGUACGAUAGAAUUCAACGGAGAGCAAGCCCAUUUUGUGCUAAUAACGUACGGCUUGGCAGAAGACGCACCAUGGACGGUAACGUUCGAUUUCGAGUACGACCCGAAGACUUUACCACAGGAUGGCGAAGAAAAGCUGUUUGAUGUGAGCUGGGUGAACACGUACUGGGAGUAUGCAAACAAGCACACGGACGAUUUUCGAAAGCUUAUCGAACAGUUCCCAGAUUGGGCACAUGUUAUACCGUCGGUAGCUGUUGUGAACAUUACUGCCUAUUAAAUAGUUAACUGUAGUAUAAUAAUACCACAAGUUGCUCAUAGGACUACAGAUUGCUUAUACGGACCAAAAGUGGCGUUAAAAUCACUGCAUAAGUUUCGAUGCAAGAUACGACCAAUCGAACUGACCAAAUUUGUUGAUGCAGUGGAAACUGUUGCACUGGUUCUAGACGAUAAAUUGCGUUCGAACAAAGCAAGCGCAUCACGAUGCAGCGGAAGGAUGAGGUGUCGCGCUUAAGUUUAAUAAUGUUGACAAAUCAGCAUAAUUUAAGAAUGGUAACAAUGAUUAAUAAAACGGUAUGUAAAUAGGA